CCCACACACCCGAUGGACACAAUUCGGCCAGACCCACCAAGGCGGGUUUUUGUGACUUCGACUUUUGCACCUAGUUAGAACCUAGUGAAGGAAGACACGAGGCGAUAUCUGUGCCAGUUCUCCCCUUCCUACUAGCAUACUUGCUCUCAUACUACAUACAUUCGUACAUACAGUGAGUGCACCGAGCGAGGAUAUCAUUGUCCAUCCAGUCCAGUUGGGUCAGCUGAUUGUGCGUGCAAGAAAGUCGCUUGCUAGCAUUGGAAAAGACGAAGAUCAGAAGACCCAGCGAUCCAGUGAUCCACAACUAGAUCGUGAAACCUUGUAUACUUCUUAUUUCAGCUCUUGAGGAUAUCAUAUUGCAGCCGAUUAAGGCUUAACAUCGAUCAAUUCACUUGGAGGUGAUCCGUGAUCUAUGACCAGUUCAAGCUUUGGUUUACUCAUUUAACGGUAGCUACUGUUCGUGGUUACUAGCUCUGAGUAGACGGGACACGGAAAAUAUUUCAGAAUUACAAUAUUUCGGUGUGAUCGACAAUUUUAUUAGUUUUCAGUGGAACUAUCAGCGUAUUUUGGCAGCGAGCCGUUGCUAGGGGAGCUAAUCAUCUUGCAGCACAAAUAAACAGUUUUGUUCAGAUGACAUGAACAAUGACAACUUGAGAAGACUUCCACAUCGAUUUUUGCUCUCGUUGAUCAACUAGGGCAACUUUGAGCAUCAUAAGCUGUGGCAACUACCACAUUGAAGGACUUGAGCUUCUAUUUGUAUCGGGCACAUUCAGUGACAAGAAGCAUCAUGGAGGGACCAGAGACCAUGGCCGCCCUUGAAGACUUUGAUUGUGCUCUCUUAAAUGUUGAAGUGAAAGGAGAGCUUGGUCUGGAGACCGGACUCAACCUGCCAAAUAAUUUGUUUGACGAUGGUUUACCAGAAGAAAUUACGAAAGAAAUAUUUGCUCUUGAGAAUGAGGACCGAGAGAUCCCAUUUCGAUCUCGAUGCAAUACGUGGCCAAGACUGCAGAAUCCCAUCAAUUUGUUCAACGCACAACAGAGUGUCAACGACAAUCCGGACAGUGUAGACUCGGGAGUGUCGACUGAAUCAACUCGGCUUCAGGUGACAAAAUAUGAAGACGAUAAGGCCUACUCGCCCAGCUCAUUGCCUGGGGGAGGUGGCAACCCACUUCCUUUGGUGAACGAGGAAGAUCCGGAAAAUGAUUCGGAUCUGGCGUCUAGAGGUGUAGAUUCUGCGUCAACACCACCACCACAUGCCAUGAGACCUAAAAUGAGUUCCAGGAGGAAUCCUUGGGGAAAUAUGUCUUAUGCAGAUCUCAUAACCCAAGCCAUCCAGAGUAGUCCAAAUCAGCGAUUGACUUUGGCGCAAAUUUACGAAUGGUUGGUCAAGAACGUGACCUAUUUUCAAAACAAAGGCGAUAAUGUCAGUAGCCUUGGAUGGAAGAAUUCCAUUCGUCACAACUUAUCGUUGCACAACAAAUUCAUGCGGGUUCAAAAUGAAGGAGCAGGAAAGUCUAGUUGGUGGAUGCUAAAUCCGGAGGAGUCAAAACCUGUAGCUCUUACCAAGCCCACAAGACGACGAGCUAAUACACUCGACUCAACCACAAAGUUUAGCGCUCGAAGAGGCCAACGGGCUGGAAAACGCCGUGAUUCAUUUUCUGGCAGGACCCCCAACAAAGAUCUCAAGAAAAGUACGUCUCAAAAUUCUCUUCAUCCGGAAGCGCAGGUGGAUUUUUCAACAGCUCACGGAUCUAAUCAAAGUCCAGAAUAUGGCCGUCCACGCACUUCUUCCAAUGCCUCAUCUUGUGGAAGUUUGUCUCCUUUUCGCCCUAGAACUCUGAGUAACACGUCGUCUACGUGCGAUUACAAUUCACCCUCACAAGACAAUUCAUGUGAUGGAAUGAUGCCAAUAUCCUCGUGGAAUCAGCCAUCCCCUGUUGCUCAGUUCCAAGAGAAGCUUAACCUAAACGAGAACUCAAACAAUGAGACACCAAUGGAGGAAGAUGGACAUGAGAAACUAACUGAUGAAAUAAGCGAUAGAGAUCCCCUGAAGUACAUAGAGCUAAAUGAUCUUGACUUGGAACCCUUGAUGUCAAAAAUACUAGCGGCCGCAGCCGAAGAAUCCCUUGCAGUACAAAAUGCUACCAGCCAACAACAACAACAGCAGCAACAGCAGCAACAACAGCAACAACAACUCAGCUGUACUUCUAUUCAAAGUCCAACUACUGUCACUAUCCCAUCGUCACUGCCAACGACUGAUAGCCCAGCCAACUUGCUCAACGUUCAACCGACUGUGUCCAGUUUGACAGUCUCAUCAGAGCAGCUUCGCACUACUGGAAUAGUGCGGCAACCCUCUCCACAACUGCCCCCUCAACUAUGCUUACCCCAAGACCACGUGCAAGGUCAAUCGAUGGGCUUGGUUGACGACAAGGCCUUCCAAGAACUCAGAGAAAUCCAAAUGGAACAACAAGAACUCGUCGACCAGACGACUUCAACUACCUUGGCUUUUAGCCAAGCCUUGCCCCACAAAAUUAAGAUUUUGGAACAACGCGAUCUUCCAUCCAACCGACCUCUAAUUCAAGGCAGCCAAGACAUUGCCAAACCUUGGGAUCAUGCCCUGAGAACCGAUGGUCUUGACCAUCAGUCCCUACUUGGACGCAGUCUUCCCAAUCCCCAAUCGGUUUUCGAAGCAAACCGAUUCCGUCCCACCUCUCCAGACUUGCCUCCAGCGUUUAUUCGAUCCACUAGCGCUGAGACACUGGUUUCUUCACCUCAGGGUGCCAAUUUUCCUCCCGUCACAAAUAACUCGUUUUUGAACACAGCUUUAGCUUCGCAACCUCUCUCGACGCUCUCGGAAAGCAUGGAUGAGAGUCCCUAUUAUGAAGAAUUCAUGAAGACGGAGGUCAGUUCCUCCGAUUUGACGGACUUUGAUUUUGGAUUGGUAUCGGCGUUAGAUUCGGCUUUAGCGUCAGAGACGUCCAGUAGCCAACCUAAUUCUUUCCAUCAAAUUAUGCUUUGAAUCCGGAAUCUGUCAUCCCAAGUUGAUGUUUUCUGAAUGAUGAGCUUCUCGCGAGCGCAACAAGUUAAGUGAUAGAUGCGAGAAGAACUGAUUGGAUGCUGCGGACAAGAUUGUUGUGAAAAAAUAUUUGAAUGAUGUGCCUUUCCGGUAGAAUUUCUAACUACGUUUUUGAGACUGAUUUUUGGGUAGUGCAACACUGACAUAAACCAUAUGCAAGUUGUCUUUUCACCCUAAAGCAAGGGCUUUACUUGUUUCUCGAGGGUGUUCUUAAUCCAUUCGUCCUGUCUCGUCAUAAGGUAAUUAAGGAAAGAUUUUCUUAUCAUACAAUAAACUGCAUAUUUUUCUAAAA